GCGAGCAGCGGUCGUAGUAGUUUGUUAGAAGACGCGCAACGCGGAUGUCCGACACAGCAUUUAUAGCAAAGAAUAGUGUAAAAUAAGCUUAAAAUCAACGAGAUGUGGCAGCUGCGUUUCAUUGUUGUCAUGGGCUAUAUUAUAGCCAUGGCGCUAGGUAUACCCAGUUAUGAAGUGCCGAAAGCAAAAAUUGUUGUGUACUAUCCAAAAGGCUUUGAAGUAUCCAUACCGCACGAGGAGGGCAUCACGCUCUUCGCCUUCCACGGCAAACUCAAUGAGGAAAUGGAGGGGUUGGAAGCGGGCACUUGGUCCAGAGAUAUUGUCAAAACAAAGAAUGGACGUUGGAGCUAUCACGAACGCAACGCAAAGUUGAGAAUUGGUGAUACGCUCUACUAUUGGACUUAUGUGAUCUACAAUGGUUUGGGUUAUCGUGAAGACAAUGGCGUGUUUACGGUGCGCGAGUAUGCGAAUUAUACUGCGGACGCAGUCGAGGAACGAAAACGCGCGGAGAAUGGAAAAGUUGGAAGCAGCAGCAGCAGCGCCGGCGGUAGCGUAGGUAGCGACGUUAUGGGUAGUACCGGCACGAGCAGUGGUAGCGCUGGCACUGCCAGCAGCAAUCAAUUGCUAUUUGAAGAUAAUUUCUCUGGCACGCAGUUGAGCAAAGACCGUUGGACCGUGGAAGAGCGCUUCGCCACAAAGCCAGAUCAGGAAUUCGCACUGUACUUAAACGUGCCGGAGGUCUUGCAAGUGAAGAAUGGCAUGGUUAGAAUAUACCCAGAACUCACCGGCAAUCACUUUCAACAGCACAAUCGUCCGUUGAAUAUUAAACAUGAUAUCGGACCUCGUUGCACCGGCCGUGCGAACAGUGAAGAAUGUGUGCGCGAUGGAAGCGCGACAUCUUACUUAUCUAUACCGCCCUUCAUAGCCGCACAGUUCUCUACAAAGGAACACUUCUCCUUCAAAUAUGGACGCGUUGAGAUACGCGCGAAAUUGCCACGCGCCAACUGGGUCUUUCCGCAAUUGUGGCUGCAGCCAAUGAAUGAAAAAUAUGGCGCUGACGACUAUCAGUCGGGUCAAAUGCGCAUCGCCUUCAGCUAUGUAAAUGGUACAAAAAUGCAUCUCUUCGGUGGUUUGAUUGUGAAUGCGAAUAGCAGUUGGCGUUGGGAGAAAUUGUGCGAAUUCCCGAACGCGCAGCAGCUCGACUUGGGCAACGACUUUCAUGUUUACACGCUGAUUUGGACGGAGGAGCAUAUUUCGGUAGCCGUAGACAAUGAGGUGUAUUGUAGUUUCAACCCCGACAGCCACGGUAAGUUGGCUAAUUUAAACAAAGAUGAGCUAGAGUUGCCGAACAGAGAUUUACUUAAGAGGGGUAGCAAAAUGGCGCCCUUCGAUCAAGAGUUCUACAUCACACUGGGUUACGGUAUCGGCGGUGUGAAUGAUUUCAACGAAGGCUUAUACGAGUGGCAACCGCAGAAACCGUGGGAGAAUACGAAUCAACGAGCCAUGAGCACGCUGCUAAAGGCGGUGGAGAAAAAUUUUGAUGAUUGGUUGGAGUUUGGCGAAUUGCUUAUUGAUUACGUUAGGGUCUAUGCAAUUUAGAUUUUAAAUGGCACAAAGUGUUUUGCAUUUUAUAAAAAUUUUACCAAAUUUGGAAUAAAUUGUUCAAGCAAAAACUA